AUGGCUGGCCCGUUAAAACAUAUUAAAAUAGUGAUUCAACAGCUUAACCAAUUCAGUCCUGAAAAUGAGUGCAUUCGGGAUUUCUUGGAUGAAUCAGCGAAGGUUUUAAAAGGUUUGAGCAAUGAAACCUCUUUGAUGGAGAUUUUGUCUGGUUGUAUAGAAUAUAAACCUUUAUUGGAUGUGGUAGUCAAUGCAUUUUAUAUCCGUGAUGGAAAACAUUGCGCGUUGUCUGAACGUAAUCUGUAUGUUGUUGUUUGCUAUUUGGCUAUGUUUCAUCUGGAGGAGCUUGGUCUUCAGCAGUUCAGCAGAAUAGUCAAGUCACUGGAUGCCGCUAGGAUAUAUAAGUUUCUCAGGUUCUUUUUCAACGUCGUGAAUCUGAGCACAUGGAUAAAAGAUGAGUGGAGCCAAAUAUAUGAUUCUGCUUAUGUGACAACCAAUUGGAUGGAACCACUGCUAAGAUGGCAACCAAAAGUGCAACAGCUUAUUGACGAACUUGAUGAUAAAUUAGCAAAUGAUAUGUCUUCAUCAUCAAAGAUAACCGAGCCGAAGGAUUUUCACUUGACGGUCCCUAAUCCACGACCUGUACUGAUCCCUGAGCUAAUCACACAAACAAAGUGCACUAAGCAUGAUCUGUUGCUGGAAGCAAACGUUAAUCAAUUCUCCUGUGCGGCCCCAAAGCCCGAAUGUAAAAGCACAAGUAUAAAUGAGAUACCAAAAUUUGCUGAGAGAUUCCAGGCUCAGAAGAUCAAAGGAAAGACAGACAAUGCGUCUAUCAAGUUAAAUGCGACAGCCAUCUUAAGAGAAGGUGUCCUGUAUCAACGAAAAAUGGAACAGGAAUUGAACAGACUCGAACAUCUCCUGCGAGGAGCUCGGGAUCCAUCUGAAUUCCUAGACUGGCAGAAGCAGAUGCGUGAGAAUGACCUGCGUCAGCAGCUGGCGGAAGCAGAGUGUCGGAGGCUGCAAGGGAAGCUGAGCUACGAGGAGGCCAUUCUGGCCCAUCAGAACUGUGCUCAGAAAAACCAGGAAAGGGCCGAACAGGAGAGGUUAGAGGAAGCGAAAAUGCGGCAACAAUUAAAAGAAGUACGCCUUCAGGAAGAAAUGGAAAAAAAGAAAUUGGCGCAGCAGGUGGCAGAAGGACACAAAAACGCAAAGCAAGCGCUGACAAAACUCCAAAAAUACAAGCAUCAAAUAGCUCAGGAAGUGUCUGAAGAAAGCCGGGUACUCCUCCUCCAGGUUUUAGAACGAGAAGAAGAACAAUUCAAAAAAAGAUGUGAACUGAUUCAAGAAAUAAGAGCCAUGGAGUGUCUGCCAUUCCGUAAGACCAAAUUUGUUGAUUUAACACAGACGGCCGACCACGGCUUCCUUGGUGAAAUGUCGAUUGUGGAACUGCAAGAGCGCCUGGCCUUACUGAAGGAGGCCCAGAAGAAAGCAGAAGAGGAGAAGAGGGAUUCAAUCGUACGUGAGAAGCGCAAUAAGGAGCAGCUCCUCUUGGACAAACUGGAGCAGAUCUCCCUGUUCAGAGAAGCAUUCGGAAGAACGGCCGCACUGAAACAGGAGGAAAAGAAAAUUAAGCCUCAGUUGAGUGAAGGCUUUCUGAAAGAUGAGCGAGUUUUGGAUCUACAGAAAAAGAUUGCCGAAAAAUCUAUGGAACGUAAAAUGCAGACGCAGAACUUCAAGAGUGUAUCCACGAAGUACAACGAAAGGCCAAAGUCACUGAAAAAACCUCUGCAAGAAGAUUACUGGGAGAAGUUGGAAGGAAGUCGGCAGCAGCGGUUUAAGAUGCUUCAGCAAGAUUUCAUGUCAAGAGAAGUUGCUGAAAAAACAAUGUCUCGUGAGGCCGGGAGAGCUGGAACCACGGCUUGUAUAUUGCGUUCUUAA